AUGUUUUCAACACAUCGUCAGUUGGAAAGAAGAACGGGUAAAUCUGGUACACCGAGGAAAGUCAAAAAAGUCCAAACUGUUUGGAAUAUUCGACUCGAAUACCUUCAACAGUUAGUUAAUGAGUAUCAGGACACAAAGGAUCAAGAAGCAAAGUAUCAAGUUCUUGCCAACUUAGUCAAUUUCUCUUAUGAUCCUAUAAAUUAUAAUUGGCUUUGGCAAUUGAAUGUGGUUGAUUUGUUUCUUGAUACUUUGACAGAAUCCGAUGAAAAGUUAAAGGAAUUCGGUUUAGGAGGGUUGUGCAACCUAUGUUUAGAGAAACGAAAUAAAGAACAUAUAAUAAAUAAUGAUGGUAUUCCACUAAUAAUUCAAUGUUUAUACGAUAAAAAUGAGGAAAUAAUACUUUCUGCAAUCACAACCUUGAUGUUUCUGGACAGUAAAGAAAAUGAAGAUAUUUUGUCCGAGUCUGUUAAAAAACGCCUGGAACACUUGUCUCAAUUUGAAAAUAAGCGUUUAAAUAACUUAGUAACAAUAUUUUUACAGGAUUAUUUUAAACAGACUAAUUUUGAUAAAACCGUAUAA